AGGAGUGAAAAUGGAAGUGAGCCCAGCUUCUGGAUUUAAGGUAGUUUGCCCAGCACCAGGCUUUGCUAUGUUGGCCAAGACAGCUCUUUCUCUUGGUCUGUGGCUGCAGCUGGCUGUGGGACAGAACACACCUGAGAGAGGUCCUCAGCCACCUGUUUCCAGCUCCGGAGGGGACCUCCUCUUCCUCCUGGACAGCUCUGGCAGCGUUUCCUACUAUGAGUUCUCCAGGGUCAAGGAAUUCAUGUGGGACCUUCUGCAACCUUUCACCUUUGGCCCCACAGAGGUGCAGACCAGCAUCAUCCACAUCAGCACGACGCCCACCAUGGAGUUCCCUUUCGACCGCUACCGGUCCGGCGAGGCUCUGCACCAAGCCAUCCGGGACACUCAGCAGCUCAUGGGAGACACCAACACAGGCAAAGCUCUCUCCUAUGCCAAGGAGAAGCUGUUCAGUGAUGCAGCUGGUGCCAGGGCAGACGUGCCCAAGGUGCUGGUUUGGGUGACAGACGGCUUCUCCACCGACGACAUCUCGGAACCCAUGCAGCUGCUGAAGGACAUGGGGGUGACGGUCUUCAUCGUCAGCACGGGACGGGGCAGCUACCUGGAGCUGUCUGCUGCUGCCAGCCAGCCUCCUGAGAAGCACCUGCACUUUGUGGAUGUGGAUGACCUACCCAUCAUCACCAAGGAGCUCCGAGAUGCCAUCCUAGAUGUCAUCCAAGCAAACCAGCUCCACGCCGUGGAUGUCACCUCCAGCAGCUUCCGGCUGGUGUGGCCAAGACUUCUCUCCCAGGAAACCGACUACUACACCUUGGAGUAUGCCCCAAGAGAUGAUCUAGGCAAGAAGAGGACAGAGCAAGUGUCUGGGGCUCACACAACCCUCCUGCUAAGCAACCUUGCCCCAGGAACCACUUACGAGGUGGCUCUCAUUCCUGAAUCCAACGUCCACUACUUCCCUCCUCAGACGACCAGGGUGACUACACUGGCAGAGGAAAUCAGCCCAGCUCAGGUUCUCAUCUCAGAGUCUGGACCACACAGCUUCCACGUUAGCUGGGCUCCCACGCUGGAGAGUGUGAGCAGCUAUCAGAUCCUGUAUGGCCCUCUCCCUGGGAACUCGGUGAGGCUGCUGGAGGUGGAUGGGAAGCACAACAGCACCCUGGUGGACAAGCUGACACCCAACACAACCUACCUGGUGACGGUGACUGCAGUCUACAAGUCGGGAAAGGAGAAAUCCCUGUCAGCUAAAGCAUGCACUCAGGAAGAGGGCUCCAAAGUGAGGCACCUUCGCUUUGAGGACAUGGGCCCCAACACCCUGAAAGCCUCCUGGGACUCCGCCGAUGGGAAGGUGCUUGGCUACAGAGUCAGAUGCCGGCGACAAGCCGGCCCCAACUCGGUCAUCAGCGUCUCCCCGCAGGUCCACAGCGUGCUGCUCACAGACCUGGCCUCAGGCACCACCAACAAAGUCUGUGUCAAGCCCAUGUACAAGAACCAGCCGGGCAGGAGGCUGUGCCGCAUGGUGCACAUGCAGCCAGCUACAGAAGCCCAAGGAUAUAAGCACAGCCAGAGAGCGUGACAGGCUCUGGAGUGGAGCAAUUCCACACCCCAAUUCCAGGCAGAGCAAGGAACCUUGCUUGGACAAAGAGUUGGACUUAAAAGGAGUGACCAGGAGAGGAAACCAGAAAGCUCACAGACCAUCUCCCAGCCUGCACUGUCCUGGUUGUAAAGCC